AUGACGCAUUUAGGCAGUUAUGCACUCGGUCUUUUUGUGGCUGUUUCAGCGUUUCUGUUCUCUAUAGCCCAUGCAAGCGACGCGCUCGUGGCACCAAUGUGUAGUGAGGUUAUCGGCUUUGCUGGGGAAUACAACGAUCACAUUCGCAUUGAGGUGCCAGUGUCUCCAGUGGAGAAGGAAGCCGUCGUUCUUAGUCUGAAGGCCUUUCCGUUGAACUUGGGUGAACUGUCGCAGCGGUGGAUACAGAUGAAUGCCACCUAUCGCCUGCGUGAGGGUGUCAUGGUCUCUUUGCAGUCUAACAACGAUGGUAUUGUGGUGAUUUCAAAUGUGGAGGCUGGCACAAACAUUGAGAUCAAAGUUAACCGUGUGCUGAAGGACGGUCCAGUCCCGUUCCGUUUUUGGAGCUUUCACGCCAAUCGCCCAUCGUGCCAGAUUGAUGUGUCCCCUGUCAAUUCUUUUUCGGCGCCUAUUCCGCUACGUAUUUCGGAGCUGGCGGAUCCUGUAAAGGUGUACUUCAAGUCUGUCGCGCCACCGGAAGCCAAAGGGUUUAUAGUGUGGGCCAACUACGGAUUUUUUUUAUCUCAUUCGGUGAAGUAUCAGGUGAUAUCUUCGCCAACAGCUACUUAUGAUGUCACACACAAUAGUGGCGAGGUGGUCCCAUGGAGCGAGGGCGUCGCCUAUUUGGUGUUUACUUCACCAAUCUCCACAGACACCUCGCAAAUGCUUCAGGUGAAGAUUGUGUGGGUCGAUGACAUCACUGCAGCUGGUGGCAAAACUGGGAGUGAGGCUCCCACACCGCCACUGGAGAAAAAGACAGAUAAGGAUUUGACACCUCUGCCGGAAUCGCCGUCAAAGGGUCCAGGCGAUGAAAAAUCUCCGAGUCAUUCUGACGCCGGAAACAAGAAGAGGUGGACCGUUAGAUUUUUGAUUUUCGUACUCCUUAUCUCCCUCACUGUAUACAUGCUUGUCAUGUCAGCCGUCAACUACCGACUGACGGGUGCUACAGAAUUCCCAGAUAUGAUUCCUUUUGUGGGGGUUUUCCGGUCUUGUGGACAGUACGUGGCGCUAGCAAAAGCUUCAGUUUUACAAGGAAGAGGGAACCAGCGUGGUGAGUAUUCUGAUUUGAGAUACGAGGGGUUGGGCACGGACCGCGUCUAA